UUGCCAGGCCAACCGGAUCCCCAGCGGGCAGCCGCGGAGCUAACGUUAGCCUGAAAGCUAACCGCGUUACCCUGGCUUCGUGACAAGGGUCAAAAUACAGUCAGAGCUGCUCGGCAUACGCUGCCUUUUACCGGCCGGUCGAGCGAGUGUGGGUUUUGUUUUGUGAAUGUGAAGGUGUUUAGUGAAAUCCCACAACUGAACCCACCACUGAAGAAUUCUCCUCGAUACAGUUGGAACCUCCUGCACAGAUGAGGCUGAUGUUGUAGAGGGGGAGUCACGCACCCCUCUCCACCUACAGAAGGGACUACUUUAGGUGUGCUGCUGAGCACAGGAUGGAGAGGAUUUGAAGGAAUUUUGUCCUCAGGUGAGCCCUGAGUUGUGACACUAAGCUCCUCAGAGCUCAGAUUCUUCAGAGCCCACUUUGCCAGUAAUAUGAGCCAUGGACUCUGGGACACUUGACAGUCCGGUAACCCUGGUCAUUAAGGCCCCCAAUCAGAAGUAUGAAGACCAGACCAUUAACUGCUUCCUCAACUGGACCGUGGAGAGACUGAAGAGUCACAUCUCCAACGUGUACCCCAGCAGGCCGCUGUCCAAAGACCAGCGGCUGGUGUACUCAGGAAGGCUCCUUCAAGACCACCUACAGCUCAGAGAUGUGCUUCGAAAGCAGGAUGAAUACCACAUGAUGCAUCUAGUGUGUACGUCUCAUAGCCCCCCAGCGUCGCCCGUGCCUCGAAGCCCCUCCAUGGCCAACUCUUCUUCUUCUGACCCCAGCAGUCCAGACAGUGCCGCCUCCCCUGCCGACACACCAAAUCAGGACAGUCUGCCAGCCUCUUCGUCCUCCUCUUCAGUCCCUGGAAGUUAUGACGGCCUGAGGUAUCGCGGCGGCUUCCCCCAGUACGACCCCCCUGGCCCCUCUGGUGUCCCUCAGUGGCCAGACGGAGCCCAGGUCCCUCUACAAGGUGGCCUCCCGGCCAACAUGCCCCCCCACCCCAUGUACAUGCCCAUGCAGAUGCUGUGGUGGCAGCAGAUGUAUGCACGUCACUACUACAUGCAAUAUCAAGCAGCAGUAGCUGCCUCUCAGCCUCCCAGCAGCCCCCCUCCUUCCUCUCCCUCCUCCACGCCCCAUCAACCAGCCCAGGCCAACGAAGCCGUGCAGCCCCCACUGGGGCCCAACCCGGACCCCAACCCUUUGCCGGAGAACCAGCCGGCCAACCCCAACAUCCAGAUGAACGCGCAGGGCGGGGCGGUGUUAAACGACGACGAGCUGAACCGCGAUUGGCUGGACUGGUUGUACACGGUGUCUCGCGCUGGCGUCCUGCUCAGCAUUGUUUACUUUUACUCCUCCUUCAGCCGCUUCGUCAUGGUGGUCGGUGCCAUGCUGCUGGUCUACCUGCAUCAGGCUGGUUGGUUUCCCUUCAGGCCGGAGCAGCAGAAUCUUCGAGGAGGAGAAAGAGCCAGAGCGCCUCAGGAGGAAGCAGAGAGACAGGACAUACAGGAAAUGGAACGUCUGAUGGACGAGGGGGUGGAAGACGAUGACAGCGGCGAGGAAGGAGGUGGAGGCCCUGAGGACCAGGCUGACGCUCCUGCUGCUGCUGCUGCUGCUGCUCUUCCCGAGCCAAGCUUCCUCACCACCGCGUGGUCCUUCAUCAGCACCUUCUUCACCUCGCUCAUCCCAGAGGGACGGCCGCACCAGGCCAACUAGGCAGUCCCUCUGGCCUACCUCUUAAAUAGCCCUCCUCCUCUUCCUCCUGCCAGCAGGAACAACUCUACAGAAGUGUCACAAUUAGCACCCUCAUCUUUGCUGUCCCAUUAGCCCCAAAUCCAUCUUCAGAUGCACCCACAAAUGCCAGACUGCUCAGUCUGGAGUAGCUAGUCAACUGCAAUAGUCUUACAUGCUGCCAACAAAUGGAGCAAUGUUUAAAACAGGCUCCUUUGAAGUUUAAGAGCAGAUGCAGUAUGAGUUCUGCAGCUGGGGAGGAGAAUAAACGGACGUUUAGAAAGUAAAUACCACGCUCUGUUAUCGGAGUAAAUGCUUCAGCAGUGAAAUCCUGGAGGGAGCUGUCUUCCAUUUUAAGCAGUGGUAAGGUCAAUGAGGGAUGUGAUCCAGACGACAAACAAAGAAAGAAAGGAAUCUCCCUAAAAUGAUAGGCAGAGAUGUGUGUGCUCAACAAACCAUGAAAAACCACAUCCCCAAAGACAUUUUCAUGUGUGCAUGCGAUGUGCAUAAUGACAUUGCAGCGAUUGAAGCACAUCGUUUUCUCACUUUAUGAACAUUAUCUAUUUACACAUGUAAGUAUAUGCAUCUUUAAUUCCUGAAUAUAUGCUUUUUUGAAUUAAAAAAAAAAACUUGCUGCAA